AUGAUAAGUCCCUCAAACUUGGAAAACAGAGAUUUGGCGGUGUUGAUUGCGGUGUGUACAGCUGUCUCGUAUUCGGUAUGCUUGUACUGGUGGCGCGUGGUGCCACGCCUGUUCUACCCCGAGGAGAAGAAGCUUGAGGAGCAGAUUGCCUUUUUCCGGUGUGAAGCGGAGCGCUACAGUAACACGGACCAACUUCACCUGCAUGGGAAGCUCACUCGACAGGCGCAGCAGCUCGUGAAGGAGCUCGCUCAUAUCCGACAGCGGCGUUUCUCCAUCUGCUGUUGCAACUACCCGAGUAGGUUGGGGAAGCCCAGCCGCUGCUGUAUACUCCUGCGUAGCUUCCUUGCGCGACUCAAGUACGCCUUUCCGAACAUCAUGGGCUUCAUCAUCUCGUUCGGCUUCAUGAUUCCAGUGUUGUACCUCUACGGCAACCGCCCCGAGGUCGUGGUGUUCCCGCAAUGCUUCCGCAUCGACUUCCCGCUCAUGAAGGCAUGGUUAGAACCGGUGGUGAUGUCGCUGCUGCUGGGCCCCCUGCUGUGUGUCUCCGUCAAUGUCAACGAGGUGGACGGAGACCGUGGUAUGUUGCUGCAUUCACGUACAGGGAACCACGCCAGCGGCUCAGUAACUCCCCUCACUGCCGUGACUGUCAACGGCGAUAAAGAAGAUACUGAUGCUGAGUUGCGCAGUCUCGGAGUCUUGCCGUGGUUUUUCGCGUGCUACGUCGCGGUGCGACUCACACAUCGUGUGCUGUCGCGGCAUUGA